CCAGCAUUUUCACCCCGACUAACACCGAUCUCCUCCAUUUUUCGUUCUCUUCUUUUCCUAUCCUUAGCUCCUAAGAGAUGCGCAACCGGCAGAUCCAAACCUGUGAUUGGUGUCGUGAGUCCAAGCGUCGUUGCGACAAAACAAAACCAACAUGUUCGCGGUGCCUGCGGGCAGGCAUUGUUUGCUCAUUUAGUACAUCUCUGAAUAGAAAUGGAGUCUUCAAUAGCAAUUCUUCAUCACCAAACCCGCUGACUGCGGAAGACUGGCCCUAUUCUCAAACCAGUUCACUCGAGCCCAGGGUGGAAGGGGGCUCGGAUGAAGUGGGUUCUGUUGGUAAAGUAGUUAAGAGACGGGUACGGACUUGUCUGUCAUGUAAACGAUGUCAUCGUCUCAAGGUGAAAUGUGACAAGAAACUCCCUUGCUCCAGGUGUUGUCAGUCUGGCAAUAGCAUGAAAUGCAGUUACACUUAUCAGAAACACACAACGAAUCAGCCAUUGUGCCCCGCCGAUCCAUUUACCUCUGCUGGAGAAAACCUGGAGGCUGUUAUCACCUUGUGGUUCUGGCGGCGUCGAGGUUCAAGCCACUUCAGGGCUCUCUUAUCUCGGAUCCAGUCACUGGCCCAUUUUGAGACUCCUCAUUUUGCCUUGGCUAUACAGGAACAUAGCGAAAACCAUAGAAUUUCUGACCUUGUUCUUCCGGGCAACUUUCCCCUUGGCAGCCCCCAAGCAGCCAAAUACUCCUCAAUUGAAACGGUCCUUGCUCUUAUUCAAAACUCCCACUCGCGGUGCCAAUCAUACAUUGAGCAUUAUCUCAAUUUGUACCAGCCAAUCCACCCAAUUGUAGAUGUGGAGGUCUUCCAGGGCGAGGUUGCAGAGUUUUGGAAUAACCCACAUGAAAUGAAUCUUGGCUGGCUUGCCCAGUUCCUCAUGGUACUGGGCCUAGGAGCAUUUGGAGCAUCGAGGGAGCCAGAACCUGCUGAGGACUUCUUCUUCGCUAGCGAAGCAUGCUUGGCAAAGACACCCUUUCUGUUCCGUCCGAGUUUGUCGAACUUGCGUACCCUCUGCCUUACGAUAGUUGCGAAGCAAGUUGCUAAUGCAACCUGUUGGGCUUUGGAUUCAUGCUGGUCUAUGAUUGGUCUCAUUGUCCGGUUAGCGAUGAUGCUGGGACUGGAUCAGAACCGACCGCCACCAUCCGUGGACGCAGCAGAUCUUCACAACGAGAUGGCAAAUCGUUGUCGUUUAUGGACAAUCAUUAUAUAUUUUGAUAUCCAGAUGUCCAUCAUCUCUGGGAUGUCAUCGGUCCUUCCUCAGGAUGCCAUCGCCGCCUACCAAGUCCCUCAUCUAUCAAACCCUGGUGGGACUGCGAUCUAUUCUUGGGAAUCCAUCCUUCUGGAAUCAUUUCCGCUCAUAUUUCACGUUCUAGCUCGAGCAAACUCCAGCACACACGAGAUUGACUAUGAAGAAGUCCUGCAAUACGAUAUGGAGAUCCGACGUAUGAUGCGCCGGGUAGUACCGGUUGAAGGGAAUGGCCUUCUCCGCCUUUCUUUAGACGUUUUCUUUAGACGAGUUCUUAUGGUUCUACAUCGCUGCCACUCCCUACAUCCGAAUGCGCCAAACGCACACCCAGUAUCGUACUGGUCGUCCCUUGAAUGCAGCCUAGCGCUCCUCGUACACCAUCGCGAGCUCUGCGACGACCCAUGCCUUCCUCCAAAUACGUCCCUGGUCUCACGCUUCUUCAUGAUGGAUUUCUUUGCUGCCGCGCUCACGAUCUGCAUUCAUCUCCUUUGGAAAGAUGCUCCUCUUGCGGCAACUAUGACGCGUGAAUGCCUUAUUCCUCCCCGCCAGACCAUUCUCGAUACCAUUAAAUCAUGCCAAGGUAUUUGGCUACGAGAAGAAAACAAGUCUGCCUGCUUUCGAACUGGAUGCCGUCUUCUGGAAACAAGCCUGGACAAGAUUGAAGAGACUACUACCCAGACUACUACCUAG